AUGGCGAGAGACUCAACUACCCCCCGCUCGCCCGCAGAGUCCAAAAGCCGCAUCACCAAACCAACCCGCCGCCCAGCCGGCACACCAGCAGCAGCACAGGGACUCAACCUCCGAGCCCUAGCAAUGUCCAACAACGCCCUCCAGACUAGCAUAACCACUUCCACACCACCCAAAAGAAGCCCAACAAUCCGUAUCAACCCCCGCGCUCUCACUGGUCCCCAGAGCAAAAUCAGCACGAAUGAUUCGCCAGCUUCCCACUCGCGACCUACUACGCCCCCAAUCCAAAUCCCCUCCCACACAGACCCAACCUCCAUCUUCGACCCCAUGACCUCCCCACAACGCCGCAACGCAAUGCACCACUACCACCUGCACCCAGAGGAGCUGCCGGACCGGGAGACGUGGUUAGAUGCGCAUCAGGCGCCGAAGGAGAUCCGCGUGAUCUUCGACGAGGGAGUUUUCUUCAGGUCGGGGGCUUCGAGGGGGAACGCGGUGGAGGAGGUUGGGCCGCUUGAUGUUGGGGAUGGGAAGGGGGAUGUGCGGUCGGAGGGGUAUGGGUUGGAGGGAGGGUGGAGGGGUCAGGAAGUGCAGAUGGGGAGUGUGGAGGGGAGGGAGGCGAGUGUGGUGUUCGUGGGGGAGAAGAGGGAUUCGAGUGUUGUGUUUCUGGGCGAGAGGAGGGCUACGGCGAGGAGUGAUUGGAGUAUGGACAGUGCAGAUUGA